AUCUCAAAAACACAAAGAGUAACUAAAGACUCCUAUUUUACUUUACUUCACUCUCUCUCAAAAAAAUAUUAUAUUUUUUCUCUUCGCUUACAUCUCUCCCACUCUGUUUUUUUCCCCUUCAUUCUCCCUGUUCGAUCUUUGACUCAGUGUUUCUCAACUCGCUCCAACUCAGUCUCUCUUCACCUCAAACUCCUCUUUGAACAAAUCUCGCUUUCAAGACGUUGUCGUUUCGGUGGAGCUAGGGUUUCGGGUUCCUUUGCAGUUUUUUUAAGCUCCUGAUUGGCGAAUUAUUUGAAUUUCAUGGAAAUGAAGCUGUUUUGUUGUGCUUGGAAGUUCCUGAGAUCGCAUGGUAGCUAAAUAGUGUAAUUAGGGUUUCGUUUUCUGGCUGUAAAAUUGGGGGUUUUGUUUUUGCGUGCCGUGUUCAAUUUUAGGGUACAGGUAGAAAUUUAGGGUUUUUAGGGGUCACCUUGGUAUUGAAGGUAGGUUUGUGGUCGUUAAUUAUAUCAUAAAUUGCUAAAUUUGAAGGGUUUUUUUUUUGUUGUUGUUGGGGGCGUGUCAUUAAUAAUUGAAAGCUCAGAGCUUCUGGCGGAGAACUUAGAGGGAACAAAGUGUUGUGUUUGAAAUUAGGGUUUAUGUUGUAAAUCAAUUAAAUUUGUGGGGUUGAAGUGUUUUGGUUUGCUUUAGAAAUUUAACUGGGCAGUGAAUAAGAUAGUUUCGAAGAUUUACGGUAUAGGUUGUUGUAUGAGAACUGAAGAGGGUGGAUUUUAAUAAUUAGUUGGUAAGAAAUGUUUUAUUCACAGUUUAUAUUGGCCAAGAAAGGGCCUUUAGGUACAAUUUGGAUAGCUGCUCAUUUGGAGAGGAAGCUUCGGAAGAACCAGGUUGCUGAUACCGAUAUUGGUGUCUCUGUAGAUUCAAUUCUUUUUCCUGAAGUACCAAUUGCGCUGAGAUUGUCUAGUCAUCUUCUGCUUGGUGUGGUGAGGAUAUAUUCAAGAAAGGUGAAUUACCUUUUUGAUGAUUGCAGUGAAGCUUUGCUGAAGGUAAAGCAGGCUUUCCGCUCCACUGCAGUUGAUCUACCACCAGAGGAAUCGACUGCCCCAUAUCACUCCAUCACCUUGCCAGAGACUUUUGACCUUGAUGAUUUUGAGCUUCCAGACAAUGAUUUUUUUCAGGGCAACUAUGUCGAUCAUCACAUUAGUACAAGGGAGCAAAUUACCCUUCAAGACACAAUGGAUGGUGUCGUGUACUCCACAUCACAAUUUGGGUUGGAUGAGCGGUUUGGUGAUGGUGACACUUCUCAUGUUGGUUUGGACAUUGAAGAGGACCUGUUCCUAGCCAAGGCUGCAACUCCAAGGCCUGAUGAAGUUUUAGAGCUGAACCUUCAGACAGCUGUCGAACCAGCAGAUCGAAAAGUGGAGGAAGAUCAUGACAUGAUUGGAGGUGCAGAAGCCAUGCCAGUGAAUGGUAUUAGAAACAAGAUGGUAAGUCAAGCUUCAAAUUCAGAAUCUCUUGACUAUGCUCAGGCUCCUUCCACUCCUGGUUUAAUAGAAGAGCCAAACUUGUCCAGUGUUCAGGAUGGUCUGGCCUGUGAUGAUCAUUUGGAAUCAGAAGAUCACAAUUUAACUGAAGUAGUAGGAAUAGAGAGCACAGGCAAUGCUUCCAGUAAGCCAGAUCUUCAUCAGAGGGAUGGCACAAUGAAUUUGUCUCCGGGCAAUCAUUUAAACUACGAUACUGUUGUGUGCAUGCCUGCCGAGGAGAAUGGCUGCCUUUCUGGUGAUCUGGAAAUCAAUCAAGCAAAGUCACAAGGAGAGUUGCAAUCCACUGCUUUGGCAGAUGGGACCAUUUGUGCGUUGGAUGGAUCAGACAAGUUAGAAGUGAUAAAUAAUGUUGUUUGCAAGUGCAGCGAAUCCACAGGAGUUAGGUUAUAUGAACCAGAUAAUUUUGAAAUUACUUAUGCUGUGGAAGACUUGAGCUCACUUGGAAAAACUGUAGAUGCAAGUUCUGGCUGUCCAUUGGAAUUGGCUGGUGCCCCAGAGGAUGUUGCUCAGGCUUGCGAAGGACCAGAGGAUCCUGAUACUUUGAACAAAAAUGUUGAUAAUGAAAAGAUACACACUUCCAUGGGUAUGCUCCGGGCAUGCAAUUCCCAUUUGAAUGAGCCCGAUUCAUCAUCUCAUGGGAUUAAUAAUGAUGAGCUCCCCCCUGAGCCACAAGAUGUGCCAAGCAGGGAGGAAGCGCUCCAUGGUUCUGGAAUUUCCACUAAGGUGCAAGGUGAAGAAUGCCAUGCGACUGAUGGUACACAAUCAGUGGAGAAUCAGAUAUCAGAGCUCAAUUUACAUGGAGAAAUUCAAGUAGGAGGGAAACAAGAUGAACAACCAGACAAUGCAUUCUAUAGUGAUAAUCAGUUGGAGAACUUGAAUGGUUCCUUGACCGCCGAAUUGCCUACACCUGAAAAGUUGCUUUCUGUACCACAAGAACUUCUUGAUAAGCCAAAUGAUUUGCUGGUCGAGUCAACACCAGACAAAGAAAUGGUAGAUGGGGGUGACAGAAGCAGUGCUGGAACCAACAUUACUGGAAAAAAGCGCAGUUUUACAGAAAAUUCACUAACUGUGCAAAGUUUAAAUUCAAUUGAUUCUUUUGGAGUCUCCAGAUCAAAGAGAACUGUAGAUUCCAUUCCUGAUGAUGAUGAUUUGCUAUCUUCUAUAUUAGUUGGAAGAAGAUCUUCAGUUCUGAAAAUGAAGCCUACUCCACCUGCACCUGAAGUGGCAUCCAUGAAACGUGCCCGGUCUGUAUCUCGACCCAGUGCCAUGAAGAGGAAGGUGCUCAUGGAUGAUUCAAUGGUCUUGCUUGGCGAUACUAUACGCCAACAAUUAACUAAUACUGAAGACAUACGUCGCUUACGAAAAAAAGCUCCUUGCACACGCACUGAGAUUUUGACGAUCCAGAGACAAUCCUUAGAUGAAGAAAUUUUCAGUGAACCGGUAUUGACUGGUAUGUCGGCAGAGCUGACAUGUUUGCAAAGUGAAACAUUUGAUUUGAGCAGAAUUGAUUUGGCUGAAAAUGAUGAUAACAAUACUUCUUCUGAAGUGGCGAAGGAUUCUAGUAGACCAACUGUUGCUCAAGAUAAUGAAUUGGAAGCAAGCACUGAACUUGCCAAUUGCAGAAAUGAUGUUGAUGGACAACCAGCUGAGAGUCCCAUUUGGACUGAGAACCAGCAGGGUGAAGAUCAACAAUUGAGUUUAGAUUUUGUUAAUCAAGGGCAGAUGAAUGCUAUUGCUGAUGUUGCUGAUUAUAGAUCUGCAGAACACAAAACAUUGGGGGAAAUGACCGAAAUGGAAAUUGACAAAGAGAACACAGAAAUUGCAGAUGCAGCAAACCACGCUGCUGUUCUGCAAUUUGAGGGAUCUCACACUGAACUGAUUUCUGGCGAUGCUGGUAAUAUGCUGGAUGGGUUGGCUCUCAUGGAUAGCACCAUUGGCGAAGAUGGUUCUCUUCAUAUGGAUACUUCAAUCCUGCCAUCAGAUAUGAUGGAUACUGAACUGUUUGAGGAGGCUGCCUUGAGGGAUGUGGGUGAUGGAAAAACACUUGAUGAUGGAAUUUUAGAUCAUCAUACAAAAAAUGUUGUUGCAGUUGUUACUGAAUUGAGGGAAGGGGGAGAGAUUUUGUUGGAAGAAAGCAAAGCUGGUGCACCAGUGGAAGUUGGAGUAGAUUUGCAGGCUGAUGGUUUUGCACCUUCUGAUGAUGCAGACAUGUUGCUUGCAAAUAUGUCUUCAAAAAAUGGUGGAUGCAUUAACCUCGCUUCUGUAAAUGUUGACCAAGCUCAAGAUGAUGUUGAAAAUGACAAGCUAGGGGAUGGUAAUGAAGAUGGGGUCCUAGCUGUGAGCCCAGGGCAUGCUGACAAGGACAGAGAGUUUAAUCAUCUAUGCAGUGAAGAUAAGAUGAAUUCUGCAUUUCCCAAAGGACUUGACGGAGACUUCAAAAAUGCUUCUCUAAAUUUUGGAGAUUAUCUAGUCUUUCAAGAAGCUGAUCAAGAGAGAACUGCAGAUGCUGAAAUAACUUCUGCCGACCAUCCUGCUGAUCUUCAAGAUGUUGCAUUUGCAAAUGAUACAGAAUUUUUGAACGUAGAUGAUGAUAUGGGUGAAGAAGAUGAUGAUGGCAUGCCAGGUCCUGAAGAUGCCCGCCUUCUUGACAAUAGUGGAUGGUCUUCCCGCACCAGAGCUGUUGCCAAGUACCUUCAGACUAUAUUUGAUAAUGAAGGUGGAAAUGGUAGGAAGGUCAUUUCAGUGGACAGCCUUCUGGCUGGUAAAACGCGGAAGGAGGCAUCAAGAAUGUUCUUUGAAACUUUGGUUCUUAAAACAAGGGAUUACAUCCAUGUAGAACAGUUGAAACCCUUUGACAGUAUCAAUGUAAAGCCACGAGCAAAGCUCAUGAAAUCAGACUUCUGAUCUCGGUAGGAAAGACAGAAACAGUUGAUAAGGUCAAUGUAGGUCUAGUUCAGCUAAUGCUCUGAACGAGCAGGGUUUUGUUUUUUAGUCUCCCUUUCCAUCCUAUUUAUUUCUUCUCUAAAUUAUUUCCUUUAUAUUUAGCUGGUGUAACUGAUAGUUUAACGUUGGCGUAGAGUUUUGUAGCGUGGAUCGUGUGUAAAUACGUGUAACAUAUUAACACUGCAAUUGAAGAUUCUAAUUUAUUUGUUUGCCUGUACAA